UGGCUCCCCGGCUGGUGUGUGCGGCGGGUGCUGGCCAUGGAGUCCUACGACGUGAUCGCGAACCAGCCCGUCGUGAUCGACAACGGCUCAGGUGUGAUUAAAGCAGGUUUUGCAGGGGAUCAAAUACCGAAGUACUGUUUUCCAAACUAUGUGGGCAGACCAAAGCACGUGCGUGUUAUGGCUGGUGCUUUAGAAGGAGACAUUUUCAUCGGGCCAAAAGCAGAGGAGCACAGAGGCCUCCUCUCGAUCAGAUACCCCAUGGAGCAUGGCAUCGUGAAGGACUGGAAUGACAUGGAGCGCAUUUGGCAGUACGUGUAUUCAAAAGACCAGCUUCAGACCUUCUCGGAGGAGCAUCCUGUGCUCCUGACGGAGGCUCCCCUGAACCCCCGCAAGAAUCGAGAGCGAGCUGCUGAGGUUUUCUUUGAGACCUUCAACGUCCCGGCGCUGUUCAUCUCCAUGCAAGCUGUGCUCAGCCUCUACGCGACAGGCAGAACCACGGGGGUGGUGCUGGACUCUGGGGAUGGCGUGACUCACGCCGUCCCUAUUUACGAGGGCUUCGCCAUGCCUCACUCCAUCAUGAGGAUCGACAUCGCCGGCCGCGACGUCUCCCGCUUCCUUCGCCUCUAUCUCCGGAAAGAAGGCUACGACUUCCACACCACGUCGGAGUUUGAGAUCGUCAAGACCAUCAAAGAGCGUGCCUGUUACCUGUCGAUAAACCCACAGAAGGACGAGACGUUGGAGACCGAGAAAGCCCAGUACUACCUGCCAGAUGGAAGCACUAUUGAGAUUGGCCCGGCCCGUUUCCGAGCCCCGGAGCUGCUGUUCCGGCCGGACCUGAUCGGAGAGGAAUGCGAAGGGCUCCACGAGGUGCUGGUCUUCGCCAUUCAGAAAUCUGACAUGGACCUGAGGCGAACGCUCUUCUCCAACAUCGUGCUGUCCGGCGGCUCCACACUCUUCAAAGGUUUCGGCGACAGGCUCUUGAGCGAAGUGAAGAAGCUGGCCCCCAAGGACGUCAAAAUAAGGAUAUCUGCUCCUCAGGAGAGGCUAUAUUCCACAUGGAUCGGGGGCUCCAUCCUGGCCUCACUGGACACCUUCAAGAAAAUGUGGGUUUCAAAGAAGGAGUACGAAGAAGACGGAGCCCGCGCCAUCCACCGGAAAACCUUCUAGCCCUGGGCUGCGUCCUGGGUCUCUUCAGAGACUCGCUCCACUUCUAAACUCGCUUUUCUGAGUCCGGGUGUCUGUGAGGAGCUGCCUCUGUGUGUGCGUGUGCGCCAGCAUGCCCCAAAUGUCACUGAGCAAGGAGGGGAGGAACAGGAGGACAUGAGGAUGAUCAUUAUUGUUGUUACUUUAGCGGGGGUACAUUGGCCUGAACUUCUCCAGAACAACCCAUUCCUUUUUUCUUUUCUUUCUCAUCUCUAAUUUCCAUACUGUGGCCACAGCCCUUGCUCUAGAGAAAGGGAACAGCUUAAUGAACUCGCCAGGAGGGAGCUGACCGCGGCCGACCACCCAGUGGGACGCUAGCUGGGGAGCCCUACACCCCACCCUGGAGCAUCUGAGCCCUGGGAAUCCAUAGCAGAGCCCCCUUAGGUCCCGGCUGUGGGUCAGCAGGAAGCAUCCCGCACUGGCCUGUUCAUUUUGGGGGAUUUUUUAAGUUGUUUUUAUUUUUUAUAAGGAAUAGCGUAGCGGGAGUGGCGCGUGAAUCUGUAGCCUGAUGCGCGGGGUCCGGACCGUGGCUGCCGGGCUGGAGCAUUCGUGGCUCGGCCGUAGUUGGUCCUGGAUGGAUUUAGAACCACGCAGCCCCUUGCUGGCUGCGCCUGUGCUAGACAGUUGUUCUCUUAGGGUCUGGUUUAAUAACUCUUGCUCCUCUCAAAGCAAGUGCCCGGGGUGGGGGCAGGCACGCUCGCGUGCUCUGGCUCACCCGCGCUUGCUUGUCCUCUCGAGGUUUACAAGGCUGCGUCCUCUCUGUAAAAGCUGAAGCUGCUGCUUCCUCCUUUCUCCCACGGCCGAGCAAAGGGAUCAUCCGUUGUCAGCCAGAUACGACCUCUCGCUUUUUAUCCAUCCUUGGGCAAAACGCAGUGAGGAGGUGCAUAGUACCCCUAGAAUUAUUUAUUUAAAUGUAUGGUGAUAUCCUCCGGAUUGCUGGCUGGGCUGAGGUUUCACUGGGUCCCCUUCCCACCCCUCUUCAUCCCCGGUUUGUUCCAUUGGUUAAUGCUAACACUAACCUUCAUAGCACAUGCUUAGCGUAGCGGCCGGCCAGUCCUCCCACACUCCUCGGUAACUUGUUUAGAGUCCAUGUUCUCUAUGAAUGCACUCGAUGAGAGGACAAUAAACUAUAUCCGGAUGUUGGCAUUAGCAGGUCUCUGAGCAGCCGCCGGCUUCCACAGCUCCUCGUUCCGCUCCAGCAUUACAUCGUUAACAGCGCUGGCUUUCCUGUCGGCUGCCGUCACUGUAAGCGCCACGUGUCUGCCUCCCGGGGGCCAGGUGGGUUUGGGGACGGGUGUCACCUGGUGCUUUUUUCCUUUUCGGUGCUGGGCUUUGUCCAGACCACUGCUGAGAACCAAGUCCUGCCCCCAUGUUAGGCACUUGUGCGUAGAAGGGAGCGCAGCAGCGUUGUGUAGUCGGCCUAGCAGCCCGAUACUUGGACGAGGAGCUUUGUGCAGGGAGGGAGAAGGGAGUCAAGUUACCAAAGUAGCAAGAACAUUUUCCUCCUGUGCACGUUGCACUCGAGGGGUGCGGAUGGGAGCGGCGGCUGGGCUGGAUGUGCUGGGAUCCCUCCCCCUAGUUAAGAGGAUGCAAGUUGCUUUAUUUCUGCACUGUAAAAAGCCACCCGUCUCUAUCGAAGACGGAUGCAGACAUUGUGCUGCUUAUAGAAGGUGGGGGGGGGGAAGUGUCUAUAGCCUACCUUUUUGGAAACCCAUGCGGAUAGUAAAUGCAGCGAGCUUGUGUGUAUGUAACAUGUAACACAUCCCUGCCUCUGUGCUGAAAAGAAAUCUGGAAACUCUAGUUCACCGUUUUCACGUGGCGGCGCUUUCUAUCCACCCUAGCACUAGAUUUGCUGCCACAACUGCCUGGUGCAGCCUGUGGGCACCAGGUGAGGAGGAGAGCCUCGCUGCCCCAAAUCUACGGUCGAAUAGUCUCAUGCUCUUCAGGGGCUUCCUGACCGGGCGCUAACAUACCCGUCAGUUCUAGGCUGCAGUGGAGGCAAGGGGGUGCCCCUGGGUGAGGGUCUGAUGCCUGGGUGAGUGGUGGCUCCUCCGCCUAGGGAAACGGGAAGGCUGGGAGCGAUGCCCCGUUGGAAGAGCUGCAGUUGCACCCAAUACUAAUGGGGCCGUGCGGGUCAGUUCCUCUUCACUACAGCUUUACAGCAGGGCUGUCUCGGUGCAGGUCCAACACCGCUACGGAAACACCGGGAAGCCGUAUGCAUCUUGGUUUCUGGUGGGACAAGGACAAGCCUUUCAAAGGAUUGUCUGCCCAGGUUUUCCAGAGCGCUGCUCAUGCCAGCACUUACUCUGCAAUGGGAUUGCCUUUCCGGGGUUUUCCAAGGCGCUCCCAUUCCCGAGUAAACGCGUGUGCGGGGGCUUGUUCCAGUACAGCUGUUCUCCUGAAUUCACGCUGACCCGAUCCCUCAUCAACUUGUAUGUAGAGCUUAGCCUAAGUGUCGCCUCCAUGUAGGACAGGAAUCCUGCCAGUAGUAUAUAGAGAGAGAUUUAUUACAGCGCUGCUCUUGCUCUGAAAAAUACAGGCCUGUCUGCCAUAAACUGACAGUGCCCGCAGCUGGGGCGAACGGCACUGCGGCUGCACGUCCCGUCUGCUCUCAGACCGUCCUUCUGUUGCCUUGCCAAGCCCCCCGGCAGCCGCGGGCGGGAGGCUGUUGCCUGUUGGAACAGGGGCCAAAUGCUGCUGCUUGCGUCUGUUUUAAGGGGGGUUUCUCUGGAAAGAAGGCUGCUGCAAAGGCAGGCGAUGGCUUAGAAAUGGGGAGCUGUGUAGGUGGCAGUGCACGCACAGCCUGGGAUGCUGGCUGUUGUAGCAGAAGAGCUGAGGGCAGGGAGCGCCAGCGGGCAAAGCCUCCUGUAGCAGAUGAUAAAGCUCUUCCAUUUUUACCGCAGUUUAAGCAGACUCCGACCUACCUGCAUGCCCGGGGCAAUGCUAGUGCAGCCCCCCGUGUGUGCACGGCCUUGUAAAUCAGUGCCUGUUUCCCAGUUUGCACCCACUGCCCUCCAGUCCACCUGCGCCAGAAGGGCACGCGCUGGCGGGCUCCAUAGGGCCCCUGGCCUCUGAUGGGGCCAAGCUCUGUUGAACACCUGCUCGUUCACUUUACAGCCUAAUUUAAUCAAAUUCCUUAGCCUGGAGGAGGAAGCUGGGGGGUAGCUUGCCUUCAGCUGAAACCACAGCCCUCUCCCCUCUGCUCCCUUUCUCCAGCGCUACACCUGGGCGCAGCCGUUUGGCUACACCAUCUAACGCAACCUUCAAAAAUGUAUUCUCUUCACCCUUCCUGGGAUGCAAACGGGGAGAAACAGACUUAAUGUAAUUCCCAGAGACCGUAAAUGCUCCUGACUUGAUCGCAGCCAGCAGCAAUUCUGUGCGUCUUCCCGGUUGACAUUUGCCACUAGGGAGCAUGCUGAGAUGAGGAUUUGGGCCACAGACUCCCAUUUACGUAAGCAAAUUCCACUUCCCCCCGCUUCUGUUUGCAUGGCUUGCGUCGGGUUUGCUUUCCAGAUCCGAGCGGGUUCAGCGUGGCAGGGGCUGUCUCGCCGCGUGCUCCCCGGUUUGUCUGCAGAAAGCAGCGCGCUGCAGUAGGGAACGCGCUUUAGUGCCAUACCUUCAGCAUGAGUAGUGCCUCCUGCAAUGCCAGAGUGCGGGGGUUCGCCCGACGCUCCCAGGACGUUGCAUGAAGUACAAGGGCAGCGCCGAGAGCACGCGUGCUGUAAACACGUGUGUGACAAGGGCCCGGCUGCCACAGGCUCCGUUUGGUUGGGUUUUUCUCGGUUGUGCGUUUCCAGCUGGUGCUGGGCUGCUGCUCAGUCUCCUCCUAAUUGCAUAACAGACCAUUUUGCUUUGAGAGAAGGACCCAAGAGCCCCCCCGCCCACCCCGGUUUAAGAGAGCAAGUCUUGCUAAGAGUCUGUUCCACCGGGAAGUCGGUCGUAUUGUCGGUGCAGCGCAGCGUGGAGGAAAGGGAGCGACUCCUCUGUGUUCAUGUAAUAAAUACCUUGGGCAGCAUG